UCUCCCCUCGGCUUGAGGCUGCCCGGGCGUGCAGGGCCCUGCCGCCGCCAUGUCGGGCCCGUUCGAGCUCUCCGUGCAGGAUCUCAACGACCUGCUCUCGGAUGGCAGCGGCUGCUACAGCCUCCCGAGCCAGCCCUGCAACGAGGUCACCCCCAGGAUCUACGUGGGCAACGCGUCUGUGGCUCAAGACAUCCCCAAGCUGCAGAAGUUGGGCAUCACCCAUGUCUUGAAUGCGGCUGAGGGCAGGUCCUUCAUGCACGUCAACACCAAUGCCAACUUCUACAAGGACUCCGGGAUCACCUACCUGGGCAUCAAGGCCAAUGACACACAAGAGUUCAACCUCAGCGCCUACUUUGAAAAGGCGGCAGACUUCAUCGACCAGGCUCUGGCUCAGAAGAACGGCUGGUCUGUUUCCCUGCCACUCCAAGUUAGCUGGAGAGCAGAAAUCACCAUCUUUCAAGCAAGGGGACUAAACUUGAAGACCUCUAAAGUCCCUUUUGGCUCUGACACCAUCGCGUUACAAGAAUCCCCAUUGACUUGGACCGCCACCUGGAAAUUAUAGGGUGUGUAACAACAUGAUGACCAGCAGGUGGCGCUGUGUUCCACUCAUGGUGAUGGAUGCUUGGGAAAAUGUUGGUGCCUUUUGUGUCACAAUGUUAAGAUGCUAAUGUUUUAAUCGAAAUAAGCACUGAUCUUAAAAUAUGAAGAUGUUAGCUUUUCUCGCAGGAAAUUUUCUGUCAUAAAACUGGCAUCAAGAAUCACUGAAGAGCUGACAAUGAUGGCCCUUCCAAGUCAAGAUUUUAUCCUGAUUGGAAAGAGAGGCCAUCUCCGGUUGAGAGAACAGAUUGGUUGGAAGCUUAACUUACCUGCUGUCAGCUUUUAGGGUAAUUUGAUUGUGAAAGCAUCAAUUUUCUGGACAGAAAAGGGAAAGGUAUUAAACUGGUUUUUAAAAAAAUAAGUUUAAUGUCUGUCAUAUCACAAAUCAGUGUUAAAACACUAAAACUGUAACCACAAUAAAUGUCUUAUAU